AUGAAUCAUGGUGGUAUGAAUAUGAAUCAUUCCACCACCACCUCCAGUGGUGAUAGUGGAAUGACAAUGGGAUUAAAAUUUACAAUAGAAGUUGAAGAUAUCCUUUUCAAUAAUUGGUCAACCAAAUCAGUUUGGUCUUAUCUUUUAGCACUUGUAAUUGUAUUCUUUGCCAGUGGUUUAUUAGAAUUUUUAAAUUGUGUAAAACAAAAUAUUCAUAGAACCUAUGCAAUUAAUAUAAGCGAUCCACAUUUAAGAUUAAGUAAAUGGAAAAAUGUUUGGAAAUAUAAAAUUAUAUUGAUGGUAUUACAUGUUAUUAAAUUAAUGUUUCAUUAUUCAUUAAUGUUAAUUAUUAUGUCAUUUAAUCUUGGUUUAAUAUUUUCAGUUUUGGCUGGUGCUGGAUUAGGUUAUAUCGUAUUUUUAGAUGGUCCAUUAUCCUUUUCAUCGCACCAUAAAAAUAAUAAUUAUAUACAAUUAAAUGAAACUAAAGUUAUGACCAACGAUGAUUGUGCUUCUUCAACAAUAAUUAUAAACUCUUUUGAUCCCAAUAAUAGUAUUCAUGAUAAUAGCGCCAACAAUAACAACAAUAUUAAUCAUAACAACAAUUACCUUCACCAUGAUAUUGAUGAGAUUUAA